GCAGUGAUGGCAGCAGCAGCAGGCGGGGAGGAAGAAGCAGCAGAGCCUCAGCAGACUCAGCCUCAGACUCAGACUCAGACUCAGACUCCGCCGCUCACAGUGGAGCGAGGACUCGUCGGGGGAUGGCGGACAAACCUCUCACGCUGUUCGUGAAGCUGUUCGCCGCCGGUUUUUACGGUCUGAGCUCGUUUCUCAUCGUCGUGGUGAACAAGAGCGUCCUCACCAACUACAGGUUCCCCUCGUCGAUAUGCGUCGGCAUCGGACAAAUGUUGGCCACAGUGGUCGUGCUGUGGGUGGGCAAGGCUGCGAGGGUGAUCAGCUUCCCGGACUGCGAUGAGAGCAUACCUCGCAAGACGUUUCCUCUACCUCUCCUUUAUGUGGGAAAUCAAAUCACUGGUCUGUUUGGAACCAAGCGGCUGAACUUGCCGAUGUUUACUGUCCUCAGGAGGUUCUCCAUCUUAUUCACAAUGCUGGCCGAGGGACUUCUCCUCAAGAAGAAGUUCUCCAGGCCAGUCCAGCUGACAGUAUUUACAAUGAUCCUCGGGGCGUUUAUAGCUGCGAGUGCCGACUUGUCCUUUGACCUGCAAGGCUACGUAUUCAUCCUCAUGAACGACGUGCUGACUGCAGCCAACGGAGCCUAUGUGAAACAAAAAUUAGAUGCAAAGGAGUUGGGGAAAUAUGGAUUAUUGUAUUAUAAUGCAUUAUUUAUGAUCCUUCCCACUCUUCUGUUGGCUCAUGUGACUGGAGAUAUGCAGAAGGCGGUGGAGUACGACGGUUGGUCCGAUAUGUUUUUCCUCACCCAGUUCAUCCUCUCUUGCAUCAUGGGGUUUGUUCUGAUGUAUUCCACUGUGCUCUGUACACAAUACAACUCGGCGUUAACGACUACGAUCGUGGGGUGCAUCAAGAACGUCCUUGUGACGUACAUCGGGAUGGUGUUCAGUGGAGACUACAUUUUCUCUUGGACUAACUUCAUAGGUUUGAAUAUCAGCAUCGCGGGCAGCCUGGUGUACUCCUACAUCACUCUCACAGAGGAGCAGUCGAACAAAGCGAGCGAAAGCACCAAGCUGGACAUCAAGGGGAAGGUGGUUGUAUGACAGAGACACUGGACUUUAUUAUUUUUAUGCUGAUAAACAGGAAAAUUCUAUUUUUAGUAUGACUUUUAUUUAUGGAGUAUUUUUUAGCAGCAAAGGCAAAAGGAUUGGCGGGAAUUGUGUCGUGGCAACUUUCUUUCUGUGUUUGUGGAAACGGAGCCAUCACCACGACUCUCUCGCCAUGGUUACAAACCCUCCAGAGGGAUUGUGGGUUGACUUUUUUUUCUUCUUUUUUAAAAAAAAUAUUUGUAUUUUGAUACUGUACAUGUGAGCAUUGAGAAGAAGGGAAACACAGAAGCAAUAGUAUUUAUAUUACAACAUUUCAUGACAGACAGAACGUGAAAAGUUAAAAUGUCCUGGACACGGGAAUAAACAGCCGGAAUGAGGAAUAGUUUUAAGCGUGGGUGUGUACCGAUGAAUCGUGGGAACAUUAAGUAAUGGUUAUUUUAAAGGCACAAUCCUUAUUUUUUAUUUUUUUUAUUGCCUUUUCUGGUUUGCUGUUUACAGGGAUUGUAACUUUGGAUGCCUUCUAAGCACAGUGAGAUGCACUGACACUCAUUAUCUGUUGUUUCAGUCUUUAGUAUAAUACAUU